ACUGCAACAUGUCCGCAAGAGGCCGAAACCUGCCCACUGGAUUCAAAGCGGAAGCCAUUUUUCUGUAGACAUUCCUAUAGCAGAGUGAUACUUAGAUCUUCUAGAAAAUGGCGACAUUCCGCAUAUGUAACCACAUAUUAUCGAGACACUUUCAUAUGUAUUUCCUUGUUACAUAAACGCGAGCCUCCGCCUUUUAACCUUCUCAGGAAGACACAGAAGAGUGGAGGGGGCAUCAGGAUGUUAAGUCGCAUCCAACAUUUCUGCAGAUGGCCACCAUGCCACUUCAUAAAGCAAAGAAGCACAACCUUAGUCACCUUUUUGUCUGAGGGAAAAUAUAUAAAAGGUUUUGCUCCUGCAAGAUCAUUAUUUACAACUCCUUGUUUACAGAAAGCCCAGCAAUCAGGAUCUACAAAGGCUCCUCUUACCUUGCGCACAAGGUUACUUAUAAGCAUUGCUAUUGGCGGAGCUGCUGUGGGAGCAUGGCGCUAUUUGCAGUGGGAAAAAGAAGAGAGAAAGAAGCUGGAUCGAAUAAAGCAACUUCAAAAUAUAGCUGUUGGACAAGGAGACUUCAAUCUUCUAGACCACAAAGGGCAACUAUGCUCCAAAAAAGACUUGCGAGGGAGCUGGGUACUGAUGUACUUUGGUUUUACCCAUUGUCCUGAUAUUUGUCCGGAUGAACUGCAGAAACUGUGCUCUGUUGUGUCUCUGCUUGAAAAAGAGCCCACAGUGCCCCCGGUUUUGCCGGUUUUUGUAACUGUUGAUCCAGAACGUGACAGUGUGGAAGCACUGGCAAAGUACGUUAGCGAAUUUCACCCACGACUCAAGGGAUUGACUGGCACCCCAGAUCAAGUGAAAGCAGCAGCACAGGCAUAUCGCGUUUACUACAGCGCUGGACCUGCUGAUGAGGAUAAUGACUACAUUGUGGAUCACACAGUUAUCAUAUAUUUGCUAAACCCAGAUGGAUUGUUUACAGACUAUUAUAACCGUACUAAAAAUGACCAGGAAAUAGCGGAGAGUGUGAAAAAGCACAUGAAGACUUACAAGUCAAUAUUCGGCUGAAAACAAAAUGUUAAUUAUAGAGUUAAGGUACCAGUGAAUAUGACGCAUCAGGGGAGAUUUACUAAAACUGGAGCACUGGAGAAUCUGGUGCAGCUGUGCAUUGUAGCCAGAUCCACAGAGCGAGU